AUGGCUACAGACGAAGAAUUUAGAAAAAAUCUUCAUGACAUUAUAAUCAAACAAAUAUCUCGAAAUAAUGAGCCUGAAGAGGCAUAUAAAUGUGUUAAUACUUUAAAUAAAGUCAUAGGAAAUAUCAUUGAAUCGCCAUACGAUGAAACAAAACGUCAACUUAAAGAAAGUAAUAAGAUAGUGAAAUCCACCAUACGUGAGGUUGAUGGUGGUGUUAAAUUUCUCAUGAAAAUCGGUUUCAAAACAAAAGUUGUCAAUUUUCAAAAAUCUUUUAUCCUUGAAAUGCCACACAAUGAGUCCUCACAAAUGAUGAAACAAUUGGAAAAAUUGGAAAUUGCUCGUGAAUUAUUAGAAGAAUUUUUGAGAAAAAUCAAAGAACGUAGUGAAUUAAAAGAACGUGCAAGAGUGAAGGAAAAAAUAGCAGAGGAAUCUCGAAAGGAAAUCGUUUUGAAACAAAUUGAAGAAGAUAGAGAAAGACGUACAGAGGAACAAGAAAGACACAAGUUAAACAUGAAACUCCAAAAAGAGCGAGGAUUGAAAGAAGAACAGCAGCAAGAGGAAACCGAACAACAGCAACUAUCAGGAGUGAGGCAACCUUCCCAAGAUUCACCUUAUUAUCACCCAUAUCGUUCAUCAGAUUUUCGACAAAGAUUUAAAAAUCAAGACAAUCAGAAUGAUGAUUGA